CUUAAAGAAAUAUAAUUAACAGUAUGAGAUUGACUAAAAAAAAACAAUCUACAUCAAGAGGAGGAUAAAGCUGAAUUAUGUUACACAAAUCCUGUCUGGAGUUGAAGUUUAAAUUAUGUAUGCUUUACCAGAUAUGAUUCUCAGGCUGCCAGACAGGUAUUUAGGCUGUUUGGAUACUCUUAGUUAUUACAGAUUUUAACUGAACACAUUUGACUGACAUCUCCCUGACCCAACUUUAUUAAAGCAGCCUACCUUAAGAAAAAAAAAAACCUCUGAAUAUAUGCAGGUAAGUGACUAAAGCACAACUUUGUCCAUCCUUUAACCUUAAAGUAGUCUUAUUGUUAGGCUCUACAGAAAUAUCAGUGUGUUGUCAUGGCCUUUGGAUGUUCUAUCAAAAGACCUUAAACUUAGCAGAGAAUUUUGAUUUGUUAUUGCAUGGUGAAGUUAUUUAUUAUACAAUAAGACAUCCUGUCUGUUGGGUUUUGUUGGGCGGAGUUAAAAGUCUUACAUGGUCAGAAAUAGGCUAACACAAAGGGUUAAUGAUAUCUGUUUAGGCAUACCAGUCAGUCAAAACCACCUUACUGUUAUAGAUCAAAUGUGAAAAUAAUACAACAAAUAACCAACUAAAAAAAAGAAAGCCAUGCAGGCAAUUCUGUGAAUUAGUGUAGUGGUUCUUAAACUUUAAGACCUUAUGGCCUCCAUGUUUAAAUACAAAUAAGACCACUAACAGUGUUGAUAUUUUUCCCAUUGUUCCCAAUCUAAUGAAUUAAUCUAAUGAAUUUUGCUUGAAGAUGUAGGCUAUCAGUCGGCUACAGAAAAUGUAUGAAACCUACCACCAAUUGUGAUAGGCCUACAUUACAUUCUGCCACUUUAUUACUUAUGGAUUGAAUGAUUGUGAAAAAAAUAAAAUAAAAAGGUCAGGGGACAACACUAAUUUCACUGACCCCACUUUGUUAAAGUUAUCAAGUUAUACCGGAUUCACUUUGAAAGUAUUUCAAAGUCUUUCAAUGAAAGAGUAAUAUUAAUAGCCUAUUCCGACAAUACUACAACAAAGUUGUUAUUAUGUACGAGUGCUUAUUGUCUCAAAGAAACAGUCAUUCAUGUACACAGCCUUUGACUAUGUGUAGCCUCAUAUUUACAGUCUGUGUGUGUCGCUUACAACAAACACACUGAGGGACAUUACUGUGCAAUCAUCUGUGUGUGUCGCUUACAACAAACACACUGGGAGACAUUACAGUACAAUCAUCUGUGUGUGUAGUUUACAACAAACACACUGAGAGACAUUACAGUACAAUCAUCUGUGUGUGUAGUUUACAACAAACACACUGGGAGACAUUACAGUACAAUCAUCUGUGUGUGUGUAACUUACAACAAACACACUGAGAGACAUUACAGUACAAUCAUCUGUGUGUGUAGUUUACAACAAACACACUGAGGGACAUUACAGUACAAUCAUCUGUGUGCGCAAACCUUUGGCGGGAAAAACAGAAGAAGAAAUCUGAGCUUCUGUAACUUUAAAACCACUAAGAAAUCACUUUACAAUAUAAAUAGACUUAAAACUUCUCAGAGCAAAAUAAUAAUUCAGAUCGAAAUAAACCUUUAUUUUUCUUUUAAUGCUCUGGUUCUGAAUAUUUUAAUGUAUGUAUUAAUAUAACUAGCCUCGAUUAAUUAGUCGUUAGCAUUUGAAUGCUAAGUGCUAUCCAUCAACAACAGAGGAGAAAAUGGCUUCUCGGAAGAUGCGCAUGAAGAAGAGCAAGGAGGAAACUGCUGAGUGGACAGGGUUGUUUCUGAAUGACUUGAAAACCGAAAACGAGUCCCUUGUGUUCGUGAAGAGGAUGAUGGCUGUGGCCGUGUCCUCCAUCACCUACCUCAGGGGGAUUUUCCCUGAAGAUGCCUACAGAUCCAGAUACCUGGAAGAUUUGUGCAUCAAAGUUCUGCGUGAAGACCGAAACACUCCUGGUGCCAGCAAAGUUGUGAAAUGGAUCAUGGGAUCCUUUGAUGCAUUGGAGAAGCAAUAUCUUCAGAUUGUAUUCAUUGGGGUGUACACCAAUCCAGAUGAACCAAAUUGCAUUGUUGAGUCAUACCAGUUCAAAUUCAAAUACACCAAAAAGGGGCCAGAGAUGGACAUACUCAGGAACAACGAUGUGGAGGUGCAGGUGACUCUGGAGGACACCAAGAGAGCCUCAGUGCUGCUCAUCAGGAAGCUCUUCCUGCUCAUGCAGAACCUCGAGGCUCUCCCCAACAACGUCUACCUCACCAUGAAGCUCUACUACUAUGACGACAUCACCCCAGCAGAUUACCAGCCGCCGGGCUUCAAAGAGGGUGAAUGCGACAGCCUGUGGUUUGAAGGCAUGGCCAUGCACUUCAAGGUGGGUGAGGUGCAAACGGCCUUCCACACCUUGAGAGUCCGAGUGUCAGCGGAAAAAGGCCGACUGGAGAAGCUGCAAGAGGGGAACCACCUGAGGGAGAUCAAGCGGACUCCUCUGACAAAUCCUCCAGAGAGGGAAAUCAUCAAGGAUCCUCGUCAGAAAAAGUAUGAGGAAAAGGACCCGCCUUCUGAAGACGAGUCUGCACAGUUCAAGAAACCUAAAAGACCUCUGGCAAAGGGAAAAAAAGCAUCAAAGAAUCUGUCGAGGAAGAAGAGGAGGAAUUAGCUAUGCGGCGAAAAACAAAUGUAACACAAUGUAAAGACAAACAUUUGAUUGCAUUGUUAAACACUGUUUAGGGUUAUGUUCAAACCAUCUUCAUAUGAAAAUAUGUUUUUAUAUAAUUUCUUCUAUUGUUAAGACAAGCUGGUACUUUCACAGUUCUUACGGAAACAACACUGUAUAGAAAUGUGCAUAUUGUAAACAAUGUGUAAGAAUUAAAAUAUAUUUAAUGUUCAAAGUGCUUCAUUGUUUUAGUAUUUUGUGAAUACAUUUAUUUGUUUUGUUAAGGAUGUAAAGCUUGAUUUGUAAACAUUUGUUUGUAGUACAACUCAACAAAAAAUAUGACUCUGUAAUGUAUGACAUGUCAAGCAAUAAACAUAAAUGAAAAGUAGAAAUUA